AUGGCAGAGGCCAGCAAGACUUCCUUCCUAGGCACUAUCAAUCCAUGGAGCAGAACUAACACGCCUCCUCCCAAAUCCCCAAAGCAACUUCCUGCCAAAGAAGAACCCUUGAAACCGACUUCAGGACUUGACCAUGCAAUAUCCACAAGACCAACUCCAAGCUCACGGAGAUACCCCAAGGAUUGUCCAACUCUAAAGCCAAGAUGGUAUUAUGCUGUUGAUGUCGCCAAGAGGAAACCCUUCGCUCCAGAACUGUCUGCUGAAGACAGGGAGAAGCCCAAAAACAUUCCGAGAAAAUGGGUUCUGUUUUCCGAAAAGGACUCGAAAGCCGUCGAAAGUGCUUUUCAGCAGCUGGGACGUGAGGAUGAACAUGGAGAGAACCAGACCACGACCAAGAUCCCGGUGAACGAGGAUUAUCUGUAUGAUGUGCAUAUUGAGAAGCGUGAGCUCGAGCCAGCCUACUGGAUCGGUCCUGUCUACGACGUCCGAAGAGGUAGUUGGUUCUGGCAGGACAACACCCCCUGCGAAGAGAACUUAGCCAACCAGCUCGAGGAGGGUUACCUAAAACUGCAACCAUGGAAGAAAAUUGGUGCUGCGAGAUCAGCUUCCCAGCCAAGGUCUCAGCCUUCAUCAAUGAACCCUCCCCAGCCGCAGUCGACUGCCGCUACGGCAGAGACACCAAAUUCAAAAUCCUACCGACUCUUUGGCGCACACAUGAGUAGCACCGUCUACGGUCGCUUCGUUGGUCAAACAGGAACCAAGGUUGUGCGAGGCUAUACCGAGCCCAUCCAGACCCCCAGCAAGCCAGCAGAAACAUCGACUCAAGAGAAGAGAAAGUCUAAGCCAUCCUCAGAGACCUCAGCUGAGCCUGACAAGCUUGCUGAGAAAAAGGUCGAAAAGCCAUCUCGCCCGUCUGCUUUGGAGAGACAACUUUCCUCUCUCGCUGGGCUUGUUGAAUCUGGAUCUGAAAGCCAAGAUCAAGAAGAGGAAGCUAGAGUGGAAGAAGCACAAGAGAUGGAAGAUGCCAGAGAUCAGGAUGGUGACGACCAAGGCCGAAAAAUCGAUCACCUUGUGCUUGUCACGCACGGCAUCGGGCAAAGAUUGGGCUUGAGGCUCGACAGCAUCAAUUUCGUUCACGAUGUCAACAUGAUGCGUAAGACGAUGAAAGCUGUGUACGCUGCCUCGGAUGACCUUCAAGUUCUGACGACUGAUCCAAAAAAUUGUAGAGUCCAGGUCUUGCCAGUCGCAUGGCGUCAUCUCCUGGAUUUUCCCAAGCAAAGCUUGAAGCAGAACCGCAAAGAGCAUGAUCUUGGUGACCUCGAUACUGCUUUGGAGGAAGAUUAUCCUUCAUUACAGGACAUCACAGUGGAUGGUGUCCCUGCUGUGCGGAACCUGAUCACUGACCUGGCGUUGGAUGUCCUUCUGUACCAGAGUGCGUACCGGGAGCAUAUCGCUAAGAUCGUUCAGAAAGAGGUCAAUCGCGUCUAUCAGCUCUACAAGCAAAGGACUGGGUUUGACGGCAAAGUGAGCCUAGUUGGACAUUCUCUGGGCAGUGCCAUCUUCUUCGAUAUCUUGUGCCGCCAAACCGAAGGACGAACGACCCGACCACGACGUAUUUCUUCCAAAUCUUCUCGCGACCCAAACGUUGAUCAAGAUGUAGCUCUCGACUUUGUCUGUGAGAAUUUCUUUGCCCUGGGCUCGCCGAUCGCUCUUUUUCAGAUGCUGAAGGGACGAACGAUAGCUGGAAGACCUGCGCUCCGAGAUCGUGCACCACCAAUGUCACCUUUCGACGCAGAUCCAAUGCAAAACAACCCUUUUGCGGACAGCAGCGACAUCUCUUCUCAGAGCAAGUCAUUGCUGCCGAUCACUACAUCUUCUCCUAAAUGUGCUGAGCUCUUCAACAUAUUUCACCCGACCGACCCAAUCGCCUACCGUAUCGAGCCAUUGAUCUCGCCGGCGAUGUCCUCACUGAAGUCUCAAGCACUCCCAUACACAAAGCGAGGGCUCUUCGAUGCACCUGGGAUGGCCAACCUCACUGCGCGCAUGGGUCAGCAAGUCAUGUCGGGCUGGUAUAGUCUCACAUCAGGAGUCGCAUCGACUCUCAUCAACCGCAGCCUAGGCAUCACCGGCGAAGACCAGGCCUUACCGCAAGAUAAAGCCAAACCUCAAGUCCCACAAUUUGAAACACCAGCACAAUCAGCAUCCUUGCCUGGCGAUAUAAAAAUGCCACCACCUCCAGUCACCGACGUCGUUGGCACCAACUCCGCCUCCAAACAGAAAGCCAUCGCAGCCGAAGCCAAAGACAGCACCUCCACCGAAGACAUCCCAACCCUUAUCGACACAGAAAUGGAAACCCUAUACGCAGGUUUCCAAAAACGUCGCAGAUCUCAAGCCUCGAACGCCAGCAGCACAGCCGAACCAUCCAAUCUCGAAUUCGAACUUGAGCAAGAAAAGGCCAGACGCUUACGUAAAGAAGAGGCCAAAGUUCGAGCCCUGAACAGUAACGGUCGAGUCGACUAUCACAUCCAAGAAGGUCUAUUUGACGUGAGUUUACUGGCAUCAAUCGCGUCGCAUCUAUCGUACUGGGCGGACGCGGAUGUGAACCAUUUCAUGAUCUCGCAGAUGCUAAAGAGUAAGGACAAGGAUAAGAAGCGUGAGGAGGAGAAAGAUAAAGUUGUGCUUUGA